AUGAGUCAGUUGGAUGAAGCCUUAGCAUACAUGAUAACAAUCUUGAUGCGGCUUAUCUUUGAACAUAAAAAAUUUAAUGAACGUUCUUUUGCAUGCAGAGUGACCAAUACUUCUGCAACUUCUGGAGCUAGAACAUCACAGUUGACGUUUAUGACACAAGCGAAAAGUGGAGAGCAUGAUGUUCGUUGCGUAAUGAGGAGUAUAUUGUUGGAAAACUUAGAAAAUGAGCUACCACUUGGCACAAUUAGAUACUCUUCCAAAGUUGUUGCAAUAGAGGAGGAUGGCUACUUUAAGCUCCUACAUUUGGCUGAUGGCUCCACACUCAAAACUAAGGUCUUGAUAGGUUGUGAUGGAGUGAACUCAGUGGUAGCAAAAUGGUUGGGCCUACAGAAACCAAGAAUCGCAGGGCGUUCAGCUUCGAGGGGUUUCGUUGAAUUUCCAAAUGGCCAUGGUUUCAAACCAGAGUUCGUGCAAUACUUUGGAAAUGGCUUUCGUACGGGUUUAUUACCUUGCAACGAGAAAACGGUUGAUUGGUUUUUUACUUGGACUCCCUCGGAGCAAGAAAAGGAAGUGGAAGAAAGUCCAAUAAAAAUGAAACAAUAUAUCUUGAGUAAGUUGAAGCAUUCCAAGGUGUCUGAAGAAUACAUACAUGUCAUAGAAAUGAGCGAACUCACCAAUCCGGUCUCAACUCCAUUGAGAUACAGGUGGCCAUUUUCUUUGUUGUGGGGGGAUAUAAGCAAGGGAAAUGUUUGUGUGGCUGGAGAUGCAUUCCAUCCCAUGACCCCUGAUUUAGGUCAAGGAGGCUGCUCCGCACUUGAAGAUAGCAUUGUUUUGGCCAGAUGUUUAAGUGAAGCCCUUUUAGGAAACCGCAAUGGAGGAGCUACAGAGUAUGACAAAAUUAAGAAGGGUUUAGAGAAGUAUUCCAAGGAGAGGAGAUGGAGGAGCUUUCAAUUGAUUGCCACAGCUUAUAUCUUGGGUCGCAUACAACAAAGCGAUGGUGCAAUCAUGGGUUUCUUGAGGGACAAAUUUUUGUCUAGUAUGAUGGCUAGGCUGCUCUUAGAAAGAGCUGAUUUUGAUUUUGGGAUACUGUAAAGCUAUUAAUAUCGAGUUCUUUAUGAGUAAUGGAAUUGGAAGUGUGAGAAAACUACUAAUUAGUAUUUAAUUUAUCCAGCAGAAUUCGUAUAAAAA